AUGAAUACAAAUGAUGAAAGUGAGAUUCUAUCAAAAAAACCAAAAAUAGACAAUACAAUGACUGAUGAAAUAAUUGAGAGUUGUCAACAUUGGGUAAUCCGAAAGAAGAGAUUUUGUAAAAUGACUGUUGGUAAAGGAAAGAAAUUUUGUGGUGAACAUUCAGCAACUGAAUCAAAUUCUCAUGAAGUCAAUCGUGUUGUUUGUCCACUUGAUCCUAAACACACAGUUGAUAAAGCUAAAUUGCAGAAACAUUUGAAAAUUUGCAAUGCCAAACAACCACAAAUUCUUCCUCCUUACAUUACAUUAGCUUGUAAUAUUGGUGACUCAACUAUAGAAAAUGGAGACAGUUCUUUUCGAUUACAAGAUCUCCCUUCUGAAUUAAUUGAAGGAAUAGUAAAGAUUAUUGAUGACCUUUUCACAAGCAAAGUUGAUAAAUUGUGUGAUCUUAAAUUAUGUACACAUGAAAUAUUAGCUGAUGAACUUUCUAAAGAAGAGUAUGGAAGUGAGAAAAGAAAACACUUAAUACAAACUUCAGCGAUCCUCGGAAUCAUGAAAUCAGAAGAAUUUUUCAAUCCACAAACAUGCAUCAUCGAAUAUGGAGCAGGCAAAGCUGCAUUGACGUUUUGGCUUUCAAAAAUUGUAGAAAAUAUCAAAGACAACAAAAUUAUAGUGAUUGACAAGGCAUCACAUCGCCAUAAGAAAGAUAAUUUAAUUAAAAAUCGUGAUAUGGUUGAAAGAGUUCGUGCUGAUAUCGCUGAUCUUAAUUUAAAAGGCUUGAAGAUGGAAGAUAAAUAUAAAUCAUUUGUUGGAGUCUCUAAACAUCUGUGUGGUGGUGCUACAGAUCUUACACUGCGUUGCAUAAUUCAAGGAAAUGAAUCCUCAAUGAAGACAAGAGAUUUCAUCAUUUGCACUUGUUGUCAACAUCGAUGUUCCUGGGGAACUUUUGUCGGCAAAGAUUGGCUUUUGGCUAACGGGAUCGAUCAAAAAUCUUUUGAAAUCAUCAUUAAAAUGGUUGGAUGGUAUGUUUGUGGUGAUGGAUUAAGUCGAAAUAAGCAUGAACCAGCGACAGAAGAAAAAGAACAAAAAAGAAAAUCUAAAGCCGAGAUUGGAUGGAAAUGUAAAAGAAUUCUUGAUCAUGCUCGUGUUCAAUAUAUGAUUAAGAAUAAUUAUGAUGCCAGAAUGUGCUACUAUGUGGACGAGAGUGUAACACUUGAGAAUGUUUGUAUAAUAGGAAAAUAUCAAGAUAGCGGAAUCUAG